AUGGAAGUACCGCACACACCUCCAGAAGGGGCUUUUGUCUCGAUACCUGUUCCCAGAACGAGGGACUCUGUCAGACCUCCGCGCGAUUCUUUUCUGAAUGCUCCAAUUGGUUCGUUUAGGGGAGUCAACUCGCUCUCCCGCUUUGCAUCGUCUUAUCAGAGGGCACAAUCGUUCAAGUCGAUUGAGCCUCGGUUCAAAGUCUCAAGAUCCUACUUCAAAGAUGACGAGGAGCUAUAUGACCCAGACACACUGGCACCCAACUCGCUUGGUCGAAAGUUGUCAACUGUUUUCAACCCAGAACAAUUGACCAGCUUCGCACCAUACUACGACGACGAACAAGCUGUUGACGAUAUGUCUUUUGCAGAGCAAUCGUACCACGCAAUAUCCAGGGCUCCGUCGCUGAUCUCAUAUGCCACAGCAAACCACAUUGCAGACGAAUCAACGCCAUUGGUGCUGAAGAAGGUGGAGGAUGCAAAUGGUAAUCUCGUCACCGUUAUCGCUGGCCAGUCCACGGCUCCCCAGACCGUGUUCAAUAGUGUGAAUGUGCUGAUAGGAGUUGGUCUUUUGGCACUGCCAUUAGGCCUCUCGCAUGCUGGUUGGGUUCUGGGGGUCAUCAUCCUGUGUCUGUGUGCCAUAUCUACGUUUUGGACGGCAAAGCUACUCUCCAAAUGCAUGGAUACUGACCAGACUUUGAUGACAUAUGCCGACCUCGGAUAUGCAGCUUUCGGGCCCAAAGCUCGGCUAAUGAUUUCUGUGUUGUUUUCGCUGGAUUUGCUCGGAGCCGGUGUUUCUCUGAUUGUUCUUUUCUCCGAUUCGCUGAAUGCUCUGUUUCCCCAGAUCAGCGUGAACCAGUUCAAGGCCAUAGCCUUCUGCGUUCUGACGCCGUUCUCGUUCAUGCCGCUGAGAGUUCUUAGUAGCAUCAGUUUGCUCGGAAUAGCCUGUACAUUGAGCGUCAUUCUCACCAUAUUGGUUCUUGGUCUCGUCAAACAGGACUCUCCGGGCUCUCUGCAACAGUUCAUGCCAACCAACCUAUACCCCCGUUCUGUGAACGAUAUCCUCAUUGCAUUGGGAAUUCUCAUGGGCCCAUUUGGAGGCCAUGCGAUUUUUCCAAACCUCAAGGUUGAUAUGAGACAUCCUCUCAAAUUUGAAAGCUGUCUGAAAACUACCUAUGCCAUCACCUUCAUGGCUGACUUCUCAAUGGCCUGUAUUGGCUUUCUCAUGUUCGGGAACGCGGUCCAUGACGAGGUAACCCACUCAGUGCUUAUAACACCCGGUUAUCCAGCUUUUGUGUAUGGGUUGAUCUCUGCGCUGGUCAGCUGUGUCCCGUUGGCGAAAACGCCGUUGAAUGCAGGCCCCAUCAUCAGCAUCAUUGAGUUUGUUCUUGGCUUGAAAGACUCUCCCCAAAACAGCUCGUUUGGCACUGGAAUUCUCAAGGCACUCGUUAAGAUUGGAGUGAACCUCCUUUUCGUCGUUACUUCCGUGGCAUUCCCCAAAUUUGACAAAAUCAUCGGGGUCCUAGGAGCUUCUGUGUGUUCCCUCGUCUGUCUCAUUUUGCCAUGCUCUUUCUAUCUCAAAAUCUGUCAGCCAACCUCCAGAAGAGAGCGUGCUCUCUGUGUGUUCACAAUCGUUGUUGCCUCUGUUUUGGGCGUAUUGGGAACGAUUGCAGCCAUUUCGUUUUGA